GGCAGAGUGAAGUUUAUUCGUGUAUAUAAAUUUUUGUGUUGAGAAUAUAUGUCACUCCUUCUCGAGUUUAAUUGAAUUUAUUUGUUAUCAGGCGUGCGUGUGAAGAGUGGAGGACGCAGUCAUUCCUCUAAAUGCAACCAUUUCCCGUGGCAUUGUGACGGAGAGAGAGUCUCCACAGCGAAAGGACCAAAGAGCAAAGUGAACAAAGUCUCCCCCAGAAGUCAGUUCAGUGUGAAGGGGAGCCUCGCGCGGCCACCAAAUUCCCCCUCCGGACGCAGAAAACGCAAACUCUCAUCCGACCCCCAAAGGCGCCCACACCCCCGCACGACAGGACGUGAACAGACAGCGAAAGGAGCAACUUUGUGAGGGCAAACUUUAAAGCACAGCAUCCACAAAUAUGAAAUUUUCUCUACCCUUGCCCGGCGGUGGAACUGGUGUCACAUUGUUUUCGAAACUUGUGAGGACAAAAGACUUGAGGACUCUCCAGGGAGACGAUCCGCGCAGUACAAAGCCCAAACUUACGAAAUGCCUGACGACGCUCGACCUGACGUCCCUGGGCGUGGGAUCGUGCUGCGGCACCGGCAUGUACUUGGUGGUUGGCAUGGUGGCGCGAAAUAUCGCCGGUCCCGGAGUGAUACUCAGCUUCUUCAUCGCAGCAAUAGCUAGUAUAUUUUCAGGUGCUUGUUACGCGGAGUUCGGCGUGCGGGUGCCCCACACCUCCGGCUCGGCGUACAUGUACUCGUAUGUGUCGGUGGGCGAGUUCGUGGCAUUCGUGAUAGGAUGGAACAUGAUUUUAGAAUAUUUGAUAGGCACGAGUGCAUGUGCGUGCGCCUUGUCAGCGAGCUUCGACUCCUUGGCGGGCGGUUCCAUCAGUCGCAGCAUUGCUGAAUCCGUGGGAACGAUAUUCGGCCGCCCGCCUGACUUUGUGGCAUUCGCGAUCACGCUCUUCAUGACCUUCGUGCUGGCUCUGGGCGCCAGCAAGUCUGUCAUCUUCAACAACACCCUCAACGCCGUCAACAUCGCCUCCUGGGUUUUCAUCAUGACCGCCGGACUCUUCUACGUGGACACGGACACCUGGAAUGAGCACCAGGGCUUUCUUCCCUUCGGCUGGAGUGGCGUCUUCACUGGCGCCGCCACGUGCUUCUACGCAUUCAUUGGCUUUGACAUCAUCGCCACGACUGGAGAGGAAGCCCACUCACCCCAGAAGAGCAUCCCGAAGGCUAUUGUGGGAUCUCUGAUCAUCGUGCUGAUUGCGUACGUCACGACCAGUUUGAUCCUGACCCUGAUUGUUCCCUUCGACCAUGUGGACGGCGAGUCUGCUCUAGUCCAGAUGUGGACUUAUGUAGGAGCGCCCAAGUGUCGAGCAAUCGUGGCAAUUGGCGCCACGGCGGGACUCUCUGUGGCCAUGUUCGGCUCCAUGUUCCCCAUGCCGAGGGUGAUUUACGCCAUGGCCCAGGACGGACUCAUCUUUAAGCAACUCUCGCACUUGUGGCAGCGCACCAAUGCGCCGGGAAUCGCCACAAUUGGCAGCGGAUUGGCGGCUGGGAUUGUCUCCCUCACUGUCCGCCUGGAGAUCCUUGUCGAGAUGAUGUCCAUUGGCACUCUCCUCGCUUACACUCUGGUCUCCACGUGCGUCCUUGUGCUCCGCUAUCAACCCCACAGCAGCUCUCUGGUGGACCUCCUGCCCGCCCAGCUGCGCACUCCUCAGCCACCAGGCACUCCAGAUCCCGCUCAUGCGACCACAGUUCUCCAGGCCGACGGCGCCAAGAGCAAAGUCAAGCAGCAGAGCGUGACGGUGCGUCGCGUGACACGCGGCUCUCCAGACUCUGAUGACUCUUUCAUCGACGACAGCCCCGAGGGUGGUUUCCUGGGCCGCGAUGACCAGUUCCUCGUGUCCGACAGGUCGGAGAACAAAUUCUACGGCAGCGUGCAUGGCGCCCCCACCGGACAGCCCACGCCCUUCGACACACUCGGCCUGGGGCUGAUCGGGCGCAAGCUGGCGGAGUACGGCUACCUGUGCCCGGGCAUGUUUCCCUGGGUCAAUCCCGGCCCGGCCACCAGCGAGAGCGGGAUGUACGUGACGAAGCUGGUGGGCGUGAUGUACGCACUCAUCUUCUUCCUCGACUUGUUCACGGCAAUCGGAUGGAGUGGAACACUGGCCGGAUUAGUGAUAACAUGUUUGGUGAUAGGAAUAAUUGUGAUACUAUUGAUUAUAUCCCGACAACCUCAGAAUAGAUAUGCCCUGGCAUUUCUCACUCCUGGACUUCCAUUUAUUCCUACCAUUGCCAUUACCGUGAACGUCUACCUAAUAUUUAAGCUCAGCAUUCUGACACUGGUCAGAUUCACCGUGUGGAUGACGCUAGGUUUAAUCAUGUACUUCUACUAUGGCAUCACGCACAGCACGCUGGAGAAUCCGCAGGAGGAGUUCGAGUUGGCCGUGGACAAGACCUACGUCACGCCGCCGCAGAUCUGCGAACAGACGGCCGUGUGGGAUCGCCAUGGGUAUGAGAACAAGAUGGCGGAGGAUCAGUGGUCGCAGAGCAACGCGUACUGGCCGGAUCAGAAUAGCGUGUGGAGCACCAACAGCAAUAGCGUGCCUGGCAAUCGGCAGCAGGCUAGCAGCAGGAAGCCGGCGCCAGCGCCGCAGCGAGGACAGCAUUCCCGCGUCCCGGUGUCUCCGCACCCGCCGGCGCAAUCCAGCAACGAAGCGAAAAAGGAUGGCUUCGGUCUCUUCAUCGACGAGACGCAGUUCCCGUCGUGGGAGGACUAAGAUGGACGCCCGUCGACCAACCAUCUCAUCCUGGAGAUCAUCACUUCGCGCAGAAUGUUUAUUUUAACACUCACACACAUAUCAAAUAUUGUUAGUAAACAUUGCUAGAAUUUAAGAUAAGUGUAAAGAGAACUCGGCGCUUGGCACAGAAGUGCCACCCGCAAAUUGUUGAGGGGAAAGUUCAAGUGUGAAGAGAGAGACAUGAAGUAGCUAAAGUACAUUUUAGUAAAUAUAAAUAAUAGUUAGGAAUUAUACUUUUAAAUGUUUACUUUUAAGAACAUUUAAGAAGAUUUAGCUCGCAAGAGUGGACAGAGAGAGAGAGGAAAUAUUACAAGAAUAAUCUUAUUAAAUAUGCCAAAGAGGAUUGAAUAGAACCACUUUAUUGCAAUAUACAUGGCAGAGAACACAACAGAGAGCAGAUAUCCUAUAGUAUAUAUACAUACACAUAUAUUUACCGAGAUUUCACUACUGAAAUAUUGAGGAAAAAACUCAAAACUACCCCCUAUCGCAAUGGAGCUAUGAGAAGGAUCAAAGGAAGGAAAGAGUAACAAAUUUAUAUAUACACAGAUAGAAUGUUAUAUAUCUUUUUAGGCAAUUCGUAGAGGAGAAAAAAAAGUCUAUAUAUUGUAGUGAUGUGAUAGUUUCUCUCCCCGAUUCUCAUUUAUCGUCACCAACAAGUUUGAUACUGAAACACACACUAUUGUUCAACCCUUAUUUACUAAGAGGAACGCACUUACAGUGAGGAGCACUCUUUUCUGACAACUAUGCUAGUGGAAAGAGUUAUCAAAUUUUGACAUCAGAUCGUGAUUUAGGCUAGAUAAUUAGCUUUAAAGCCCCCUUUUAAACAUGCUACACUUUUCUUUAAAUUUAGAUUAGACAAUAAAGUCUGUGACCUUGUGAAUUUGCGAGAAAAAAUAAUUAAAAGUCGUGAAUUGCAAUCAUGCUUCACUGUCACAAAUUCACAAUGUCCUGAUAAUUACCCAUUUCGCAAGAUAUAAUCGGCAGGUGAAGUGUUUGUGUAAAACCUAAAACAUGGGAUUAAAUACAUGGAUAAUGUCUGUUAUCCUUGCUCAUUUAGUAUGUAUAAUAGGAUAUAUAAUAGACUUAGAGAUGAUAUUUUAUUUGAUAUGGUGUAUUUGAAUGGAUCUAGGGGUCUUCAACAUAUAUUAUUACAUUUUGCAGCAGGAUGAAUAAUCAAGAAAAACUUUACCAAUACUGUAUGAACAAAUCAUAAAUUUCUGUGCUAUUGACGCUUGCUCAGUUCAGAAAAACACACGCGAAGAAAUUCGUAAGGAUAAGUUGUGUUCCUCACUGUAAUUUCGAUAUAAUGUAUACCCUAUUUACUGCUGGCAGCUGUAAUACUACAAUUUCAGAGAGAUUUUUGCCGAAGGGGAUUCAUUCAGUUCUGUGUCAAUUUCUCACCUCUUCAUUGUGUCCAAAUUACCCAUUUAAUUUCCUUACUAACCAUUUUUACACGCAUUCUCUGUGAAUGAAAGUCUGUUUUGUGGGAUAUUUUCAUUGAUGAUAUGAUGUCACGCUGAAAAGUCUCUUUAUCUUGUAUGCAAUAAUUAAUAUUUAAGCAAGCGAGAAUUCUAGUAUGGAUAUUCCAUUUCUUGGUAUAUAUUUUUUCCAGACUUUAUCGUAUAAGUAAGAUGAGAAAGCAAAGAAGAGAGAUUACAGAUGAAAAAAAUAACUGAUUUCAAAUAGAAUGGAGAAAAAAAAACGUAACUUCUAAUUGUAUAUUAACCUAAUAUAAAAUAUUGAUGUCAUGUGUAAUUAAUCUAUCAAUGUCCAUUUAAAUUGCUACCAAUGUGUCAUACUAAGGAAAUCAUUUAAGCUACUUAUGCAAUAACACACGAUAUUUUCCAAAGUUGACAUAACCGAGAAGAAUCAAGAUGAUAUUGUAGAGAAAAUCGUUCAAGACCGAAAAUGAAACAUGUUAUCUUCCUCGAAUAGAUAUUUUGUCCAUAACAUUCCAUGAUAUUUAUUUGUUAUACAUACUUUUACCCCUUUUUACCUAUAUUGAGGUAACGAGAGAGAGCAAAUAUAUUACAUAUAAACAAUUGUUAACAAAUCAUCAUGAAUUACAUAUCGUACAAGACAAGAAAUACUUUUUCUCUUAUUUAGCCGAAGAAGACGUGAGAGGAAUAUAUUUUAGUUAGGAUUUUUCUAUUACUUUAAAUCGAUGAGCUUUAGUGACAAUUUUACAAAGGUAUAUGUAAAAUAUACUGAAUCACACAAAACCACCUAUUCUACAUGGAAUGACAAAGAGAAAACUUCCUUUUAUUGAAGAAAAUGUACAGCAAACAUAUGAAACACGAUUAUGUACCUCGAUUUCCAUAUUUAAUAUCGAUAUCUUUGACUCAUGAUAUUUACAAGAAUAUGUAUUUUUUGCAUUCGCUUUGAAACUCUUCAGUGUACUAAUUGUUAAUGUUGUCACACUCUAAAUAAUGAUAACUGGUGAGCAUAAAAGGAUAAUAUUUCAUGCAUUUACUGUAUUAUACACCAAAAUAAUUUACUGUGUCAUUGCGAAUUUUCAUAUAUUUCUCUGCAUUUUCAUUUUUCAUAAUAAAAAGUGUUACUAAAGAAAAAAAAUGCCCUUGUGUGGAAAAGGAGUUUACAAUGAAAGUGAAUUAACACAAAAGAAAGUAAUAUAAUAUAAAUUGAGGUGAAUUUUUUGAAAGAAUAGUGCCUGUUGAAACACGAAGGUUAAAGUAAAAAAAAAAAUUACUUAAAGAGAAAACAAGAAUAUCAUGGAGAAACUCUUCGGGAAUUUAUCAGUUUUAUUGAGAGAAAGAAAAAAAAUUAUAUUUACUUAUUGAUAUAAAGAUAAUUCGAAUAUGGAGGUCGCAUUUAAAAUGUGUACACAAAACUGUUAAGGAUGUUGAGAGACGAAGAAAACUGUCCAAAUUUCGCGCCUAUUGCUAACAUAAUCCAGUCGAUAAGGAUCAAUGAAGUCAAAAAGAAGCAUUAAAGCAACAGAAUCGGAAACUAAUUAGAUGUACAUAAGGUAUAAAAGAGGAUAAACAGUUGGGAGUCAUUGGGAAUAUUAUUAAUUUAAAAAAGAAUUACUCAUUCAUAUAUUGUGAAGACAACAUAAGAAAUCUACAAUGUGGUUUUUGAUCUUGAAAGUAAUAAACAAUAAAAAUAAGCAUAUUAAUGAGAUAAAUUGUAGCAUUGUAAGAGAAAUAAUAAACUGCGUAAUGUAACAUUUCAAAAGAAAAUAAGUAAUAUUUACCAUUUCAUUUAUUCUGUGUACAUUGUUGAGAAGAAUUGAUAUAUUUACGAAAAUAUUUAAGUAUCUAUUGGAUUGUUGACUUACCUUUCCCACCACUGAGAAAGCAAGGAACUCCAGACAUUGGAGCGGAAGACAAAGUGAACGAGAAUAUGAAGUAAUUAUUGUUGACAAAGAAAUAUGGCGAUGAAUAUUAAAGAGAUUUUCUUUGCCUUUUGUUUGGAAAAACCACAUUAUGGACUUAUCAAAUAAGGCCGUGUUCUUUAUUUCUGGUAUGUUUCUCAUAUAUUCCGAAGUCUAUGAAAAAUUAUAUUAUUAUAAAAAGGAUAUUAAAUAAACGUUCAAGCAUUAACAAAAAGAAAAGUGAAAUUCUUUUGAUUCCAAAACGUUGUACGGCUCAAGUGAAACAACUCACGUAUUUUCUCUGGUGGUGUGUUUUAUUUAUUUUUAUAACGAGAAAUGAUUUACAUUUUUUUGAGAGAAAAUCAAUAGAAAAAGUAGGGCGAAAAAGGUGAUCAUGUGUUUUUAGUAGAUUUUUGCACAAAUUUCGAUUUGAUUAGGCAGCAAUUUUGUCGAGAAAACACUUUUUCUCCAUCAUCAUCAAACCAGUUACCAAUAGCGAUCCACAUGGGC